AUGUCUGCAGCUACCAACAGUCCUUUGAAAAAGACUGAAUUCAAGUAUAAAAUUGGGAAGAUCAAACAGAUGCCAACGGUUCAGAUGGACCUUAAUACUAAUUUAAGUUACAUUGAGCUGAAUGCAAGGAAGAAUGAAACUAUAUAUGGGUGUACUAUGUUUAAAAAUCAUUAUAAAGAAGAGAAAAAAUUAGGCCAAGGUACCUUUGGUGCCGUUUAUAAGGGAAUACAUUUGGAAACGCAGAGGCAGGUCGCCAUGAAGAGAAUAAUAAUGCCUCAGGAAAGUGACUUAUUUCCAAUUACAGCUCAGCGUGAAAUUACUAUUCUUAGGAAACUAAAUAACAAGCACAUUGUAAAAUUAAUAGAGAUGGUUUAUGAUACUGCACCAGAACCAAGCAAUAGCAACGCAAACUAUUCUAAUAAUGCUAAAGACCCAUCACUUCUAAAUAAGUCUUUUUAUAUGAUUUUGCCUUAUAUGAUAGCGGAUUUAUCUGGUCUUUUGCAUAACCCUAGAAUCACUCUACCCGUUAAUGAAGUAAAGAAUAUGAUGCUUCAAUUACUAGAAGGUAUAAAUUACCUUCACUGUGAAAAAUAUAUGCAUAGAGAUAUAAAAACUGCAAACAUUUUAAUUGAUCAUACUGGGACAUUGAAAUUAGCUGACUUUGGUUUGGCCAGAAUGUAUUAUGGGACGCCGCCAAAUUUGAAAUAUCCAGGUGGUGCUGGUAUAGGGGCUAAGUAUACCGGGGUUGUUGUAACUAGAUGGUAUAGAGCACCAGAGUUGGUUUUAGGUGAUAAACAAUACACUACUGCUGUCGAUUUAUGGGGUAUUGGAUGUGUUUUUGCGGAAUUCUUUGAAAAGAAACCUAUCUUACAGGGCAAUUCUGACAUCGACCAAGGUCAUGUCAUAUUCAAAUUAUUAGGCACACCAACUAAAGAAUCUUGGGAUAUGGCGGCUUACUUGCCUGGUGCAGAAUUGCUGAGAACAAGUUAUCCAGAAACGUUAAGUGAACGUUUUGGUAAGUUUUUAACUGCAACCGGAUUAGAUUUUUUGAGGAGUUUACUAUCAUUGAAUCCAUAUAAAAGAUUGACAGCAAUGUCAGCUUUACAACAUCCAUUUUUUAAAGAAGAGCCCUUGCCGUCUAAACAUUUAACUUGCUUAACUGAAGAAAGUCACGAAUCUGAUAUAAAAAGAUAUAAGGAAGAAAUGCAUCAGUCUCUUUCGCAGAGAGUUCCAACAGCUCCGAAGGGUCAUAUAAAUGAAAAAGGAAUGGAAAAAGGAAAACAGAUAUCACAGUCAAGUGAUAUAAAUGCUCCUGAACGAUAUUAUGCUGAAAACACAUUUAAUAAUAAUAACAACAACUUUUCUAAUUCAAGAUCUACAUAUCCGAACCAAUCAAAUCCUAAUUACAGAUCUCAAACUUAUAAAGGUAACCAAAACAGAUACAAUAAUAACGGACCCAAUAAUAUGAAUAAAAACAAUAAACAUUAUAAUCAGUACAAUACCGAUUCGCGUCAAUAUAGCAACAACAACAAGAUGAGUAACCUGCCUAAUAGUAGAUCAAGAUAUCAAAAAUCUGAUCCACAUGCUAAUGAUAGAAACCCUGCAACUUAUAAUAGGCACACCCAAAAAGCUAGUUCUGGAAAUUAUUCUAAUGCCAUUUCUGGUAGAAUCAACCAAUAUAAUAACACAUACAGAAGAGACCACGAAGAAAGCAACAUUGAAUCCAGAACAAAUAAAAUUUCCUCGACGAUUAGUCGGGACGAUAGUAAACAUGAGAACAGACAAUCUCACACAAGGAUCAAUCAAAAUUCAAAACCAUACAAUAAAGGUCCGACUGCUAGCAACGAGAGCCGCUUCAGUAGAGGAAUAGAUUCCGAGACUUAUCAGAACAGCAGUGUCAGAGAGCAUUUACGUGAAUCUGACAAACAAACUCAGAGUGACACUAGUAAUAAAAAUGAAAGUAAAAUUUCCAAAAAUACUGACAAUAAUACCAGAGACAAGAACUUUGCUGAUUUUUACUAG